GCCCGAGGUGCAAAUCCCAGCCACUAUGCGAUGAUCUCUGUCGAUGGAUCCAUCUAUGUAUUUACGAGGGUGAAGGAUUAUUGAGUUGUUCGAAUAAUAAUAAACUGGCGGUGCAAUAAAUGCGAUGUUUUGAUCUUCUCAUGGACGAUUACUUUCUCCUAUUCAAGCAGGGUGAGGAGAAUGAGGGACUCCUCAGAACAAGUGAUGCCACUCUGAAAUGCCGUUCCUCAGGAAAUCAUAAUAAGCGGAAUCCCCCCUCGCAUUCCGCCAACUCAAUACCCACCCACAGGGGCCAGAACAUCCCGUUUCCCCACAUGAAAUCUCAGUGCAGAGAACUAACUACUCAAGUCACUGCACCUAGAGGCUAGAGGACGCCAUACUUCAGGCGGCGGGGUGAGCAGCAGUUGGUUAUCAGUAGUGGCCAAACUUGCAGAGUCAAACAUUCUUUAUUACUAUUACCCCGUCUGACGAGUAGAAGAGAAGAUCAACAAAAAGAAAAGAAAACAGAAAAGAAAAGCGAAGCUGGGUGGCAGAAAUUGAAAUCAUGGCAUCCGUUUUUGACUUCAUCGUCGUUGGCAGUGGCCCUGCUGGCAGCGCUGUUGCUUCAGGACUUGCGGGCGCGCCUGCGAAUCCCAAAGUCCUCCUGCUCGAAGCCGGCGAAGAUAUCGAGGAUAGGAAUCUGCGCGUCGACGGCCAGCGAUGGUUGACCUUUCAGAACAAAAAUAUGAAUUGGGGCUAUAAGACUGUGCCUCAAGAAUACUGUAACAACCGUGAACUCGAUUACUCUCGUGGACGCGGGGUCGGCGGCUCCAGCACCAUCAACUUCGGUGUGUACAGCGUUGGUGCCCGUGAUGACUACAAUGAGUGGGCAAGGAUUGUAGGCGACGAUUCCUUUAACUGGGAACACAUACAGUCCCGUUUUAAGAAGCUAGAGACUUUCCACAGCGAGAUUCCAGCCGGUAUUGACAGCAAGUAUGCUUCUCCCAACGCCGCUGACCAUGGCACAUCGGGUCCCCUCCACGUCGGGUUUGCUGCGGAAUGGGAGAGAGAUAUCGUGCCCACUCUUGAUAUUUUUGAGCAGGCCGGAUUUCCAUUAAACCCAGACCACAACUCUGGUAACCCAAUUGGGAUGUCUGUGCUGAUCAAUUCGGCACAUAAGGGUCUGCGAUCCACCGCGAAGGAUUUAUUGUUACGACCGUCGGCAGUGAACCUAACAAUUAUCGCUAACUCACCCGUUCAACAUGUCAUUUUAGAGGGUAAAAAGGCUGUAGGUGUAGUGGCAAAUGGCACCCGAUAUCUGGCGUCUAAGGAAGUCAUUCUCUCGGCGGGCGCGCUAGACACGCCAAAGAUUCUGAUGCAUUCAGGCAUUGGCCCGAAGGAGCAGUUGGAAAAGUUCAACAUUCCCGUCGUGCUUGAUGCCCUUGCCGUCGGCCAAGGUCUUCGAGACCACUACUUCGUUCCACUCAUUAACACCGUUGCGGGCACCAACAAUGAUCGUCGCGCUUUCUACGGUGAUAAGAAAGUCAUGGACGACGCCCUAGAGCAAUGGAAGCGCGACGGCACAGGCCCAUGGUCAAAGUUUGCCUGUGAAUGUGGUGUGGGUUGGUUCAAAAUCGACGGUCUCACGCAAACUAAGGAGUUCCAAGACCUCCCGACUACCGAGAAGGAAUAUCUUCAAAAGGAAACCGUCCCGCAUUACGAAAUCUUAACUCAUUUCCCCAUCCAUUGGUUCGUCCCGGAUUUCCCAGACUCGGCUCUCGACUAUACAUGUCUGCUUGUUUUCCUUUACAACGCCCAGGCCCGUGGCGAGGUUACAUUGCAGUCUUCGGAUCCGAAUGAGCCUCUGCGCAUGGACCCUAAAUUUCUCUCCCAUCCGUUCGAUCGGCGUGCCGCCAUUGAUUCGCUCCGUGACGCACUCCGUGUUGCAGAGCAUCCCGCUUAUAUUAAAGACAAGUUGGCCGAGUUAGCAGCGCCCAAGUCUGACUCUGACGAGGAUCUGCUGGAAUACUGGAAGCAGAACAUCUCGUCUAGCUGGCAUAUGAAAUGUACCGUGAAGAUGGGCAAGGCUGGGGAUGCUGAUGCCGUUGUCGAUUGCAAUUAUCGUCUGAUGGGCAUCGACGGUCUUCGCGUGGCGGAUAUGAGUGUUAUCCCUGUGCUGGUGAGCGGGCAUAUUCAAGCCGCAGCAUACGUGACUGGAGCUACUUGCGCGGAAAAGCUUAUCAAGGAAUAUAAUCUUGCAUGAGAACCCAUUGAGAACCAUAUGUAUGUACCGGAAGGAGGUGAGCACCACCUUUUGUCCCUGUGGGUAGAGGGCUUGGUAUCCAGGAUAUUCUUUGUACACAGGAUCGAAUCCAAUGUACAUUUUCUUUGAGCUGGAGUCCUAGAUAAGUUUGCUGUUCACACUUCCAUCAUCGACGGCAAUAUACAUUUUAUAUAUAAAAUGAAUGACGGGAGCCGUAGAGCCUGUGAAUAGCGCUAUAAAACCCGUUACGAACGAAUUGAAACAAAAACAAUUUGAUCAAGCCCUAGAGAAGUGGAUGUGGCUCGGAUGAAAAAACAAAACUAUAAUCAUUUUUCAGUGCUCUCGCCUUCUGCACGCUCCGCUCCCUUUGUGUAUAUGGCGGCUACCUCGAACCUUUCAAAUAAUGAUAAUUUCAAGUGAGGUGAUGACGUGCAUCCAUGUAUACGGAUUAGAUGCACCGGACUAGGUUCUUAGAAGCCUUUCCCUCCCUUGCUCCAACCAAUUUAUUUUCAUUAUUCCCCCAAAAUAAUCUGCUUCAGAACCUCCCGUUCUCCACUUUCCUCCACCAAUCCCCUAAACACUCCAUUAUCAAUCUGCAUCAAAUCUUUGGGCGCCCCAAAUUCCACCGCCUUGCCGGCAUCCAUGACCAAGAUGCGGUCAAAAUCGGCAAUAGUACUCAGUCGAUGUGCGAUGACAAGCAAUGUUGUUGAGUUGCGUCCAAACUCAGAACGGAUGGAACGCUGGAUUAAUGUGUCAGUGGCCAUAUCAACAGCCGAUGUUGCUUCGUCGAGGACCAUGAUUUUCGGUUGCGAAACAAUGGCACGGGCUAGGCAGAGCAGUUGUCUCUGGCCUUGAGAAAGAUUUAGCCCACCUUCGGAAAUGGUGGAGUCUAAAUUUCUGAAAAUGUUCGCGUUAGCGUUGGCCGCAGCAGUAGAGCAGGAUUCUCCACUGAUCAGUGUUGGAGUAGUCGACCCUGUGCUUGUUUGGGGAGGUGAGGAGGAUGAGCAGGGCUGGGUAGACGUGGCGCUUUCGACGAGCGAGCUGGGAACAAGGUGCACACGUUCUAAAGCGUCGCGUAACUGCGUGUCGCUGAAUUCUUCAAACGGAUCUAGGUUUGACCUUAUGGUUCCGGAAAACAGAACAGGGUCCUGAGGUAUGAUGGCAAGGCGGCUUCUGAGAUCAUGGAGCUUGAUCUUGGAUACAUCAAUACCAUCAACGUGAAUAGUCCCCCCGCGAGCUUCCAGGAAACGGAAAAGUGCUAGAGUUAAUGAUGACUUCCCUGCCCCGGUACGGCCAACAACACCAACGCGCUGGUUUUUUUCUACCUUGAAUGACAAACCCUUGAGGACUGGAGGCAAGUCGGGGGCAUAGGCAACCACGAGAUCUGACACUUCAAGUCGACCAGCGGUAGGCCAGCCAGCAGGUGCACUAAACCCGUCUUGAGGUUCGAUAUCGAUCUCGGAAUAUUCAAUCACCCUUUCCGUAGCGUUCAUGUUCAGUUCUAUGUUCGUAUAUUCACGCAACGCAUAUGCGAUCGCAUUAGUAUAUUGCAUGGCAAAACUGAGGGCAAAGCCAGCCAGAGAGGCAUCGAUGCCUUUCAUGGAUACCACCAGCGCUGCAGUAAUAACAGCAAAAAUGGACCCAAUAGUACUCAUGCGGAAACCAAGCCAUCUGUUGAAGAGCCAUAAGUGCCAGUAGGCUUGAGCGUGACGAUCAAUCUUCGUGAACAUUCGAUUAAUGUACGUUGGAACUUUUCCAAAGGCACGGAUAGUUGUCAAUCCGGUCAGGGCAGUUCCGAAUUGUUCGUAUACUGGGCUCUUUACUGUGCUCUCCAAGCGUUUGAUCUCCCGAGCGCCAUCGAGGUAGUAGAGUGAAUAAUACAAACUGAUCGCAAGAAGAACCAUGGCGAACAAUAUAAGAAUAGGCGAGACGAGUAAUCCGGCUGCCAUAAUUCCAAGUACUUGAAGGACGUGGUAAAGCAUUGAACCAAAAUCACUACCUAGCCGAGAAUCGAUCAUGUUGAAAUCCGCUGUGAAACGAUUUAGGAUCCGUCCAACAGGUAUCGUGUCAAGCCAACGAAGUGGUGCUCUCAACACGGCAUAGGUAAGCCGAUCAAAUAGGUUACGAGAGGCGUUAAUAGAGGCAUUGAAGAAAAGGCCGUAUCUCAACGGGCCUAGAACACAUGUUACAAGGGAUAGCCCAACAUAUAUCCCCAAAUAAUACAAAAGGGAAGCAUUUGGCGAUGCCGGUUCGCUCCUCUUCACGAUAUGCGUCAUUACAGAGAGGUUUCCUUCCGUUGUGGAAGCGCUUGACGAUCGAGUCCAAAUGCUUAUCCACCAUGACUAGGAAUAAGUUAGCAAAAGAUACGUAAAUUUCAAGGAAUCAAAUAAGUAGAGACUGCGACAUACACGUCCAACUGUCAUUAUAAUGUAAGCCAAAAAUGCGAAUGCAACGAAAAGCCAAUACCAUAUGUUCCCUCCACUCUGAAAGUAGGUUUUAUAAUGAGCCAUUUUAACGGAGCCGGUUUCACGCCAUUCGUCUUGCUGGAACUUAGCCGGGACCUUAUUGCUUUUAACAGCAGCGUCACUUGUCACUGCGUUGGUGUGUGCCUCCGAUCCACGGGAUAAAACUUUGUGUAGGCCAUCUUCCCCUUCACCAAGUCCGUCUAUAUUUUCCUCAACUUCAUCACUUUGUCUUGCUGCCUCAUUAGCCUUGUCAGCUAGAAUUUCUGUUAGCUCUCCAGUUCUCCUCAGCUCGUCCACAGUACCCGCGUGUCCAACGGUGUCAUUUUGAAGAUAUACAGAGUAAUCCGUUUCGCCAAGGCACAGUGCCACAUGAUGGGUAACGAGUAUACGCGUCCUUCCUCGGCCAAGUUCUCCUGUUAGGGCAUGUACAUGGAGAUGCCGGCCUGUGUGGGCAUCCAACGCACUAAACAAGUCAUCCAUGAUAAGAAUACCGGCGCGAGAAUAAAGGGCGCGUGCAAAUGA